AUGCAGCUGCUCCGUCUCCUUCCAUUUGUCGCGGCGAUAACUGCAGCGUCUGCCCAUCGCGGAUCAAAGCGGCCAGAACCCUACUCCAACGUCGUCAUCUUCGACCCUCCAAGCAACUAUACUAUCCCACGCACUCUUUAUGCCCGCAACGAGCAACUUCCCAAUGGUGACAUAUUAGCGACCUGGGAGAACUACUCGCCCGAACCCCCAGCGGUCUAUUUCCCAAUCUACCGUUCCUCUGAUUAUGGUGAGACCUGGACGGAGAUCUCCCGAGUCCACGAUACAGCCAACGGCUUAGGUCUGCGAUACCAACCGUUCCUUUACUACCUUCCAGAGCGCAUUGGUCGCUUCCGUGCCGGAACCCUUCUUCUGGCAGGGAGCAGCAUUCCAACCGACCUCAGCUCUACUCAGAUUGACCUUUAUGCAUCGCAGGACCAGGGGCACACCUGGAAGUUCUUGAGCCACAUUGCUGCGGGUGGUGAAGCUAUUCCUAACAACGGUUUGACUCCUGUUUGGGAGCCCUUCCUGCUGGCGCACAAGGGUAAAUUGAUCGCCUUUUACGCCGACCAGAGAGCCAAUGAAACCCACGGCCAGAAGCUGUCCCACCAGGUCACUGACGACCUUAUCAACUGGGGACCCGCCGUUGACGAUGUCGCCUACCCUACCUAUACCGACAGACCUGGAAUGCCUGUGGUGACUAAGCUCCCCAACGGUAAAUACUUCUACAUUUACGAAUACGGCUCGUUCUUCAACACGUCCAGCUACUCAUUCCCCCUAUACUACCGCAUCAGUGCCGACCCGGAGGGCUUCAUCAACGCGGAACACCACGAACUGAUUGUGUCGAGCGGUACAAUCCCCACCUCUUCUCCAUAUGUGACGUGGACCCCAUGGGGAGGAAAGAACGGGACAAUUGUGGUUAGCUCCGGCACACAGGACUCCAUCUUCGUGAACCAGGCGCUAGGUGAGGGUGAGUGGACAGAGGUGGCUACUCCUGAACCACACAGUUACACCAGAAAUCUGCGUAUACUCAAGGAGGAUCCCCGGUUCGUGCUGUUGCACGGCGCCGGUGUGCUUCUUGGAGAAGAGAAUAAGGUCACUGUGAGCUUGAUGAACUUGGAGGAGGCGCUUGCUGCUGCGUGA